AUGGCCGACCUCAAGGCGCUGGCCAAGAAGCAUGGCAAGGACAGGAUUCUCUGUGAGUUUCGGGCUGAAAGCUCGUCGGAGAGCGUAUAAUGGCCGUUGGAAAUUUGAUGUGCUUACUAUAAGGUGUUGUCACCUUGCGAUGGGGCGUGCAGCGCCGACUAUUGAACUCCCCUCGGGCGAGCUCAUUUCGGAUAGCUGGAAGAUCGCCGAGUAAGCAACCGAAACCCCGACGUAUCUCGCGAAUUCUAAGACACAAAACAUACACGAGACUUACACGAACUAUCGCGCCAUUCCGAGAAUAGAUGGCUCGACAUCAACUACCCCGAUGCACCCUCGCUGUUCCUGCCCUCGUCGCCGAACCCGGUGCAACUAGAUUCUCCCGAGAUGGACGUCGCCAAGGCGUACGCGUUCGUCUUUUCGAGCGGGUUCGGAUCGUCGGAUGCGCAAUGGUCAACGUUCUUUGAGAUCUCGGCCGAGCUUUUGGCAGCUUUGUAUCCCGGUGAUGCGGAGGACACGAAUACGGUGAGUGGCCUGAUUAGGUUUACAUUGGCGAGUUUUCACGCGCUCACGCGCUCACCGCUGGCCGCGCUUCAUCCUUUCCUUCCCGUCAAAUUGACCUUCGUGCGCCCUCGUAGGAACGAGGCUGGUUCAAAUCCGAUGCUAAGCUCGGCAUGAAGGACGGAUGGAAGUUCCUCACCUCGACCCCUCAAGAGACCCUCGUCUCCCGCGCCAAAGCUUCGCUCCUCCCGCUCGAAGCCCUCUUGACCGACCGGGGACACUCAUACCUCGCAUCAAAGGACCAGCCGGGUUUCGUCGAUUAUGUCGCUUACGGUAGGUACAUGAUGAUGCGCGUCGCGGUGCCCAAGUUGUGCGAGGAAAUUUGGGACGAGAAGAAGGCGGUCAAGGAGUGGAGGAUCAGGUUGGAGAAGAAGUUUUGGCAAGGUGAAGAAGGUUUUGGGAAAACAUUGGCUAGGAUUCACACGUGA